AUGGCCGCCUCUAAAAUGACCAAAAACCAGAUGCGGAGGGCCAAGAAGAAGGAGCAGAAAAAGGCCCAGGAACAUGUCGCGAGCAAGCCGCAAGAUGAGCCCGUCCAAGACGACCAAGGGCCAACGCCACAGCCCGAAAACCCCGAUGCCGACGACUCCGCUGUCAAGAAUGCGGAUGCCCCCGUCACUGUGGACACACCUCUCAUCAUCGAUGAUGAAUUCGCAGACAACCCUGCUUUUGCCGCCUACAAGGACAUCUUCACCAGGUUCGGCGUCUCCUUGGAAGAGGACGAAAUAGCCAGGGAAGCAAACGCAGGCAAUCAGGGCACCGUGUUCUUUGACGACGAUGCCGACAUUCCCGACGAGGAACAAGAAAACGCGACCAAGACCAAGCUGUCCAAGAAGAAGCGCAAGCAGAUGAAGACACUCUCUGUCGCCGAGCUCAAGGCCAUGGUCAAGCACCCAGAAGUCAUCGAGUGGAACGAUGUCUCAUCCUCGGACCCCCGCACUCUCGUCCAGAUCAAGGCCCAGCGCAACGUCGUCCCAGUUCCCUCGCAUUGGUCUCUCAAGAGAGAAUACCUGUCGUCCAAGCGCGGCAUUGAAAAGUCGGCCUUCCGACUGCCCGACUUUAUCGCUGCGACUGGCAUCGCCGAGAUGCGAGAUGCUGUCUUGGAAAAGGAAGCUGAGCAGUCCCUGAAGCAGAAGCAGCGAGCACGCGUGCAGCCAAAGAUGGGCAAGUUGGACAUCGACUAUCAGAAGCUCUACGAUGCCUUCUUCCGGUUUCAAACCAAACCAGAACUGACCCGCUAUGGGGAGGUGUACUACGAGGGCAAGGAGGCUGAAGUUGACUUUCAGCAUUUCCGUCCGGGAGAGUUGAGCGAUGCCACUAAAGAGGCGCUUGGCAUGCCUCCAGGCGCCCCCCCACCCUGGCUUAUCAACCAGCAGCGGUUUGGCCCUCCCCCUUCCUACCCGACCUUGAAAAUCCCCGGCCUGAACGUGCCGCCUCCUCCAGGAGGUGUUUGGGGAUUCCAGGCAGGUGGCUGGGGUAAGCCUCCCCUUGACGACAUGAACCGUCCCCUUUACGGAGGCGACGUGUUCGGUCUCAACAACCCAACCGCUGCCCAGCCCCAAGUCGCACAGCCGGAGCUGCCAGCAGGGGACCCAAUCGACCGCGCCAUCUGGGGUGAGCUACAGCCCCGCGAGGAAGAGUCUGAGGAAGAAGAAGAGUCAGAGGAUGAGGAUGACGAAGAGGAGGCCGACGACGAGGCCGGCGUCGAGGAAAUUAGUGGUCUCGAGACACCCAGCGGUUAUGCAACUUCUGCGGCGCAUGCCCGGGGCAUGGAGACGUCCGUCUCAGGCGAAAUGGACCUUCGGAAAGAGCGAUCUGGCUUCGGUACUGAAACCCCGUCUGGCCGCGCGGCCUAUACGGUCCUGAAGGAGCAAAAGGCACAGGGCAGCGGGGGCCUCUUUGGCGUCGGCCACCAAUAUGACCUGAGCUCGGCCAUGCCUGUCCUUGGCGCUGAAGACGAUUCACGCAAGCGCAAGAAGCCUGGCGAUGUGGAUGUGGCGCUAGAUGUCGACGCCCUGAACCAGCACGACGGCAUCAGCAAGGACGCCCUCCGCCAGAAGUUUGACGAAGGGAGAAAGCAGGACGGCGUCGGCGCCCACUGGCAGCACGACGAAGACCUGGCCGACAUGAUUGCCGAGGAAAGCCGCAAGCGGCAGAAGACGGAGAGGGAACGAAUGGACCGCCGCAGGGAUGGCCGUGGUAGGCACUGA